AUGAGAAUCAUCCCUACGACAGAGAACUACGAAGCCGAGCUUGCAGAGCUAAGCUCUUUCGUUGCCGCAUCCACCGCGUCCAAGAGGAGAAAAGAAGAUGAAAAAUGGUUCAAAGGGUCGGGAAAAAACCUUAAUAGUUACGAUCUUGACGAAGAUAAUGCUAAGGUUGUCUGUAUAACGGACGGUCUUACAUUUCUCGGCCGAGCCAUUACAGAACGGCUCUUGCUCCAUGGCUACACCGUUCGCGUCAUCGUAAAUGGACCAGAUGACCUUGAGAGAUUGAGAGUUAUGAGGGAUGGAACGGCUGCGUUUCACGGGAGAAUUGAAGCAGUGACCGCAAAGCUAACAGAAACAGAGAGCUUAGUUGAUGCAUUUGACGGGUGUAACGGCGUUUUCCACACUUCCGGUUUCAUUGAUCCCUCCGGCGUCUCUGGCUACUCCAAAUGUAUGGCAGAGAUAGAAGCAAAGGUUAGUGAGAGCGUGAUGAACGCGUGUACGAUGACGCAAUCGGUUAGGAGAUGUCUCAUGACUUCUUCCUUAUUAGCUUGCCUUUGGCAAAACGGCACGCACUUCGACUUCCCUUGUGUGAUUGAUCAUUCUAGCUGGAGCGACGAGUCUCUCUGCAAGGACAAAAAGUUGUGGUAUGCAUUAGGGAAGCUCAAAGCGGAGAAAAUUGCAUGGAAAAUAGCAGAAAACAAAGGAUUCAAACUCUCAACAAUAUGUGCUCCUCUCAUCACUUCCUCUAACUUGCUUCUCCACAAUCCUACCCCUACUAUUGCUUAUCUCAAAGGAGCCGAAGAGAUGUAUGAAAAUGGUGUACUUGCUACAGUCGAUGUUCACACGCUUGCGAAAGCGCACGUCCGAGUAUACGAGGAAAUGAACACGACCGUGUUUGGUAGGUACGUUUGUUUGGAUAAGGUUAUAACGCGGGAAUACGAAGCAGAGGACUUGGCAAAAGAAACUGGCAUUGAUCUAGUCAAGAUUCGUGGGGACAAAUACUACUAUUGCUACAGAGAUAAUUCGACACCGUUUAGCUUGUCCAACAGAAGACUAUCUUCUCUAAUGUCCAAAUCUCCAAUUAGCUGCAAUGAAUAA